AUGUCGGGAACGAAGGUCUGUAUUGCGUGUGUUGAGGAAAACAAAGUGUGUGAAUGUCACCACGAAAACCCGGUUAAAGAGUUGGGUUUGAGUCAUGAGGCGUCUGAGAAUAGUUCAUUUCUUCAUUCGGUUAUCAACAUGGUUGGUAUGCUCAUUGGACUAGGCCAACUAUCAAUGCCAUACGCCGUGGAAAGUGGUGGUUGGAUCUCAAUCUUCCUCCUAAUAUCCCUCGGAGUUCUCACCACUUACACCUCCCACAUCCUCGGAAACUGUCUCCGCCGCAACCCCAAGUCCAAAUCCUACUCCGACAUCGGCUACUCCGCCUUCGGCCUCCACGGCCGCCUCCUUGCCUCACUCUUCAUCUACCUCGAAAUCUUCAUGGCUUUAGUCUCUUACACCAUCUCCCUCCACGACAACAUCGCCGCAGCUUUUCCCGCCACCUUCACCAACCUCCACAACGGUUCUUUCCCCGCGGCAAAGCUGACGGCGGUGGCCGUGGCUAUCGCUUUGCCGAGCCUGUGGAUAAGAAAUUUGUCUUCGAUCUCGUAUCUUUCUUCCGGUGGGAUUUUUAUGUCAGCUGUUAUAUUUAUGUCGGUGGUUUACACGGCCGUGUUUGGAGGCGUUAUCGACGAUGGGAGGAUUCCGGUGCUCCGGUUAGGGAAUAUCCCGACGGUUUCGGGAGUUUAUUUGUUCGGCUUCGGUGGUCACAUCGUAUUUCCUAAUCUGUAUACUUCCAUGAAAGAUCCCUCCAAAUUUACAAAGGUACAUUAG